AUGCGAUUGAAUAUCACUUUACCGCUUAAAUGGGCCCAAUGGUGGAUUUAUUGUAUUUUGAUUAUUCUUGUGAAUUUUGUGGUUAUUUUGCCCCUAGCAUCAUUCCUCUUCCAUGACUUUUACUCGCGUUUAAUCCCCACCGAUACGAUACAAACAAUUCCGUUUUCAUCCAGCAAACUAGAUGAACAUGCCAAAGAAAACGGAUACUCAUUUCUUUUCGAUAUUCAACGUCAUGAUACCGAUGUGGUAACGUUACCGCGACUGUUGGAAAACGGACUUGAACAGAAUAUUCCUCUUAGAUCUGAUAUUCCUUACGACGUGGAUAUCAAGCUGAAAGCAUUUUGUCUGAACAACUCGCCUGGCAACAAUAUUAAGACAGCAAUGUUGACAUUGAGAGUGAUUUCGCCCAAAACUUUUACCAAGAGAAUACUUUUUCAGCGUCCUCUAUUGUUGACAUGUGUUAAUUCCAAGGAUGUCUAUGCCCUUGCAGAAGCGGGCGCUCUUACUCCCAAUUUUGCUUACCGUCUUCAAAAGGAUCUUGUAAACCGGUUUGAAAAAGAUCAUUGCGCGAUGAUAGCUCACGAUGUCAAGAAAAUUGAAGUUUCGAUAUUGAUGAGAGAUCCCGCUACUUUACUAGUCGACAGUGCUGCUUCGGAACUGAGAUUGGCCAUGGAUCUCAAAUACAGCCCCCGCAAUAUAAUGCUCAGAUGGAAAAAACUUUCCUAUAUUGUUGGGAUUUUAACAUUCCAUGGCGUCAUUCUCUUCUUCUUUUCAAUAGCAUUUAUCAUCAGUUUUUGGCGGAUCAAGUCUACAGAGGUUACUAUUGAUAAAUACAAGUUGAAUUGA